GGACAUGUACUAAACUUGGUGUUCAAGGUCGUCGACCGCUCUCAGGCUCCCCAUCUUAUUGUCACGCUUUCCAAAUGGGAACCCAUCGAGAAAGUGUCAUCAAAGCAUUUGAUGAGUUCCGACAAGAAAUAGACGAACAUCAUGACCGGAGAGAACGACUUAUCAAGAUUAGCCGGGAUGCGACAAACCUUUCCAAGAAAGUCAUCUUCCUACUCCACCGAGCAAUGACAGAAGAGCCCAAUAAUGACUCUAAUCCCUCUCUGCGAGUAGUCCGUCGCGGUCGUGAAAAGCUUCGGGAAGUGCAAGCGUUAUAUGCACAAAUAAGGCUCGAGGUACAAGCUGAGCGGUUCUGGCACUACCACAGAGCAGUAUCGCCAGGCCUCCAAGAGUAUAUUGAAGCACUGGGCUUUGCUCACUACCUCGAGCAUGGCACUCUGGUGUCAUAUCAGGAAGUUCAGCUGUCUCUUUCUGACGAGAACGGCAUACCUUAUUUUACUCUUCCAAAGGAAGAUUACUUGCUGGGUUUGUCUGAUGUCACUGGCGAACUCAUGCGAUUUGCAAUAUCUGGAAUAGCUCAGAAGGGCGGUCGCGUCAGAGCCAGAGAAGUGUGUGCAUUCGUCCGGCAAUGCAAGGCAGAUUUCGAACACUUUACUCCUUACGUGAGGGAGUUGUCCAAGAAACAGGCUGUAACCUCACAAUCUCUGGAAAAGAUUGAGGACGCGGUGUAUGCCAUCGUGGUCCGAGGAUCUGAGUACGACAUCCCCCCUGAUAUGUUAGACGACAUUAUCGCGCAGUCGAUCUCAACUUUCAGUUCUACUACCAGUGCAAAAUCGAGACUUGGUCAAAGAGACAUUCGGAACGGAGAUGAUUACGACGAUGAGAUUUAAUAUAGAUACCCAGCAGAAUUUUGUUUUGACAAUCUCAAUACUAAUACGAGUUUAGGCGGCCUAUAGUUUAUAUUGGUUCUGG